AUGGUGUCCGCCCCUGCUGCUGGGGCGCUGGCCGUGCUUGUUGCCCUGGCAUGCAUCCCUUGGGCCCAGGGCUGCUAUGAGGCUGGCACGAAAAAUCAAGGCUGCGAGGACUUUAAUAACACCCGUACCUGUCCUCGCUGUUGUUAUGGGUCUUUUUGGCUUGGCAGACCGCGGCGCUUCUGGCCACAAAACUUCACCCCACGCAUACAGACGCACGCACACACUCAUACUCUUGAGUUUCCCAAGAUGCCUGGCUCAUCUCGGCUAAUCGGCUACACUUUCUCUCUCUCGAUUCCGCGGCAUAAUCUGGAAAUUGCAGUAGCAGCAAACUAUGCCAUCCUCUUUGACCCUCAACUCGUUCUUUCAGCGGAGGUCCAAGCGCUUGGCACAUUGCCAACGUGGGCUAUUAACGAUGGAACCUUUCUAGGCUAUACCAACGCUACGAUACCAACAGGCACUGCCGCUGUCAUUGGCACCCUCUCAUCUGAAGGCAAAUAUGUGUAUUUUGGCACUUUCUCGGGCUGGGUUGGCAAAUCCACGCUGGUCCACAUCUUCCCGCAAGAAGGAUCCAUACAUAUUGAUUUGACAACUACCGGUCUGUUCCAAGCGGCACGGGAGCUGGGCGUCCAGGUUUUUGACUCGGAAUCGGACAGCAACCUAGUUCAACUUCAAGCGUGUCAAAUGGUGUUGCACAAUCAGGGUACCGACCUCUUCAUUACAACGUUAUGGGGUGGCGUGCAGCUGCUGCCUUUUGGUCUUGCACCCAUGGCCUUGACAAUUUUAAAUACGACACCCGUUGUCAAUGGCUCUGCCACCAUCGAUGUGAUGGUUGGCCACCACGGCCCUAAAACCUCGGAUCCAGUCCCACAAAUACUCAAACGUUCCUACGCAUCACGCUGGCGUAUCACGUUCAACAACUCUGGCCCCAUCGUUUUUAACCUCGACCAUCUAAUUUGGAGGACACCAGCCUCAAGCUCACGGGUGGAGGCUUUCAUCCCGUCCUCACUGCCUGGCACUCAUCAGUACUACGCCAUUAAUUUUGAAAACCGCUUCUUUUCCAUGAACCCUGCAAACGGUGCCUUUGCUUUGCUGGCCUCGCACGACUUUCCCUCGGGUCGCAACCUGUGCAUGAUUCACUCGAGCUCACAAGGUCCCCUGGUACUCGUGGGACCUGGCGCUAUCAAUGACGAAGCCGACUUUCCGAUCAGACUCCUUCGCUUUGAUCCCGACGCACAGGGCUUGACCGAGAUUAUAGAGGCAACGUCUCUGCCUCUCACCAUCCAAUUCGCUUACAUGGGCACUUUCUCACUCAUCUGCUUGACCGACGCAUCUUACAAACUCAAUUGCUUCACUCGCCUCGGUCGGCGUCUGGUGACCAACAUUCAGCUACCAAGCUAUGAAACUACUGUCAUUUUUGCCAGCUCGCUCAAUGUUCAUGUGCUUGCUGUGUCAGCGGGCCAGCCAAUGCUGUUCUACACGGCCACUAUAGCGACAAACACGGUUGUGGAUGAUGAUGAUGAGGAGAUGGUUGAUGUGGUGCUUGCUCAGCCCGAAACAUUGCAAGUCUGGAAUGGCCAGGAGGUGCUCUGUUCGAGUAUUCUCAACCAGUACUGGAUUUUGAAUCAGCAGCUUCUUGAACUGAUUGAGGGGCAGAUCCAGGUGGUGCAAGAUUUGCCGUUUCUUCCCAACCAAUGGAAUGGCACGUGCGCAGUCUCCGUCGACCAGUAUCGUCUCCUGGUUUGCGCCGACAAUACCGCUAGCUGCUGGAGUGUGACCUUGUCCGCAAGCUCUUCUACCAACUCGCCAUCGCGCAUAAAUUUCAAUCCGACCCUUGCUUCUUCGGUGAAUAUUCUUCUCUUAGUCAAGUCCUACGCCCUCCUUGCUACGUCUGCUGGCACGGUUGUGCGAUGGGGCUUUGCCAGCGGUCAAACGGCCUGUGCACUCGCUCUGGACCUCGAAACAAAGCGCGAAAAGCCUUUGCUGGGAGCCCAAGCCUUAGCCUCCAAUGGGGAGAUCACGGCCCUCGUCCCUCUUUUUCAACAGGGGUCCGAGAGCAAUCUCAACCUUAGUGGCACCUUCCAACAGCAGUAUGUGCUCAUCUUUGACGCCAACUUCGACUUUCUAGGCUUGCUUCACCCUACCCUCUUCCCUGUCGAGCAAGUCUUGAUCAGGGAAGGCCGCUUGCUGACUGUUGAUCAGAUGGGGGCUGUCAUGGUUUACGUUCUGGAGAACAUUGGGGACUUUUUUGAGCAAACGGACAUUCUCGAUGGGCCCACCUUGAUGGGUGCUUGCGAUCUUGAAUCCCUGAUCAAACCCGUUGAUUCCGGCUCCAACCCGAACACGGGAAUCCUCACGCCCAUACCAUCAACCAGUGGCUCGUCCUCAUUUGUGACCGUACUGUCUGUGGUCAUACCCGUCGUUGCCUUUCUUCUUCUACUCCUUGGCCUCGUCGUCUAUCGCCAGCGGACCCAAGUCGCGAGUCCGCAUCGGGCUUUGAUGCAGGCCCUCGAAAUGGCCCGCGAUGACUUUGUCUGCGCCAAUCCCUCCCUCAAGGAGCACGACCUUGCAGAUGUGCGCUGGCUUCAAAGCAGUGACGUUAUGCUGAUGGAGGAGUUGGGCCGGGGUGCUUUUGGUCAGGUCCACAAGGCUAUCUGGCAAACGGAAAAGGGCCCACUGACUGUGGCGUACAAGCGGAACACGGCCAAUCAGGAGGGUGAAGUGACGGCGGUUCUGCACGAAGUAUUGGCGCUGCAUAGUCUACGCAGUUGCCCCUAUAUCGUGAAACUUCUUGGUUUAGCUCAUGAUCCAGCGUCGGGUGGCGGGCUAGCUUUGGUGCUGGAAUAUGCCUCGGGAUCAGAUUUGCGCUCCAGCUUGAUGGCUUCUCCCGUCUGGCAAAAGUCACGGCAGAUACAAUGCGCUCUCGAGGUGGCCCAUGCCAUUGCAUAUCUACACGAGCACAACGUCAUUCAUCGCGAUUUGGCUGCGCGCAACGUUUUGGUCUUCGAGGCAGAGAUGGAGGAUGGCCAUACUCGUUUCAGUCUGUUCCGUUCUUCAAACGUCAUGUCCAGAGGCAUGCCAUCACGUUAUUGCAGCUCACAAGAGGCCCACUGUCGCCGUGCUGCUGUAGUUACACGAUUUCUACCGACAAGUAUCAAUUACUACAAUCCUUCGGUCGUCAAAGCCAUGCCCUUUCGGUGGCAAGCCCCAGAGGCGCUGGUGGAGCAGAAACAUGCCCUAUCCUCGGACAUGUGGUCUUUUGGUGUUUUGAUGUGGGAGAUUGCCCAACGCGGGGCUCGCCCCUAUGCCGACAUCAGUGAGCCUCGCGACGUUGUGGGCUUUCUGCGUCGCGGCCACCGACUUGCAUUUGAUCCGCACACUAGCCCAGCCACCAUCGUCAGGUUGGUUCACUUGACGCCGUGUGCCGGAAGACAGCAGUUGCACGACACCGAGCUUGUCAUCUGA